AGAAGCUCCAUCAUGGCAGCCGACGACGCCAAGAAGUCCACAGUCCCAGCGCUCAAGAAGCAAGCCAGCGUGGGCAACAUCUCGGAGGAAAUCGAGGAUGACCUCAGCACUUUGCCUAACAUGAAGCUCUCGCAGCUGCACUUCCUACUGCAGCACAAGCACUCUUCAGCGUCCACCCUGACUCCCGAGGCCGCAGCCGCCGCGCAGACUCAGGUGCUGGAGCUCGUGAAGCAAAACGACAUGGCCCCGUUUUACCAUAUCGUGUACAACGAGUUCAAAUGGCCUGUGGACUCAGUGCUUGAGGCUGAGAUGAGCAAUAAGAACGCGACAGAGCUUGCAGCUCUGGACGAGCGACUAGCCGAUGCUGAGCAGAAUUUGGGAGAUAUUGAGGUGCUGGAGGCUAUGCUGGCCAAGGCGAGGAUGUAUUCGCGUAUCGGAGACAAGGAGAAGGCACUUGAGGCCUUUAAGGUGGCCGGAGAGAAGCCCCAGUCCAUCAACCAGAAGAUCCUCGUGGCGCUGCACGUCAUCCGCAUUGGACUCUUCUUCUCCGAUCUGGAACUGGUCGAGACGUACAUCAAGAAGGCCGCAGCACUCAUUGACGAAGGUGGAGACUGGGACCGUCGCAACCGACUGAAAGUGUAUGAAGGCUGCUACUUGCUGAUGGCUCGCGACUUUAAGAAGGCGUCCACUCUGUUCCAGGAGUCUGUGGCUACGUUCACGGCCACAGAGCUCAUGCCGUACAACACGAUGGUCUUCUACUGCGUCAUCACGUGCGUACUCAGCAUGAGUCGUGUGGACCUGAAGAAGAAGAUUGUGGACUCGCCUGAGAUCCUUGCGGUUAUCAACGAAAUCCCGUGUCUAACAGACUUUCUGAACGGUCUGUACGACUGCGACUACAAGAAAUUCUUCACGGCCAUGGUGGACAUCCAGCCUUAUAUCUUGCGAGACAAGUACCUGUCCACUCACUCACGCUUCCUGUACCGUGAACUGCGCGUUCUCGCCUACGCCCAAUUCCUCGAGGCCUAUCGCAGUGUGACUAUCGCCUCCAUGGCUGCUGCGUUCGGUGUGAGCGUCGAGUUCCUGGACACGGAACUUGCACGAUUCAUCGCUGCCGGCCGAUUGAACGCCAAAAUCGACAAGGUGGCUGGUGUGAUUGAGACCAACCGCCCAGACGCUAAGAACGCGCAGUACCAGGACGCCAUCAAGAAGGGAGAUUUGCUGCUUAACCGCAUCCAGAAGCUUGCGCGAGUAAUCAACGUCUAGAUAGCUGACCCCGUUUCACUGACUUAGUCGUGUUGGUCGAUGCCUAAUGAAGCAGUGCCGGUAAUAUGGGAACGCAGCUCAUUAACUACAUGA